AUGGAUUUGAUGCCCAGGAAUCGCAAUCCGGCGUCGGGAUGCCCAGUUAAGCGAAAACACACCUCAAAUCGAGGUAGAACCCCUGGUGUCAUAGGAAUCAAACGGUACGAGGUUACCAAGUCGUUUUCCAAGUCCAUCGCUGAGAAAGAAGAGGGGAACAAGUUCUGCGCCAACGGAGACUUUGAUAAAGCAAUCAGAUCUUACAACAAAGCCAUUUUACUGGCUCCAUGGGACAAAACACGUGAAGAAGUGAACGCUCUCGGAAUCGCAUUCGCCAACAGAUCCGCUGUCCUUUUCUCCACAAACAAAUUCAACGAGUCCUUGAAAGAUUGCAAAAGAGCGUUGGAUUCCAACCUGAACCCGUCACACAGACACAAGAUAUUCCACAGAAUGUCCAGAAUUUACGCGGAACUUCAAAUCCCGUCCUUGGGAAUAAAGGCUAUUCGAGCUGCUAUCGAAAAUCUCGUCGAAACCAACAAAAAUGACGAAGCCACGUUGGAAAGAUACAAAGAAACUGAAAGUGAGGUGAUAAUUAUGGAGAAACCAUAUGCCUCCUUUUUGCUACCUGAGCAUCAUCAGAGUCACUGCCACAAUUGCUUUGUGCCCUGUGAUCUUCCCAUACCUUGCCAGAGCUGCUGUUUGGUGAUCUUUUGCUCAGAAAAAUGCCGGAAAGGUACCCAGAAAGCUCAUGAAGUUGAGUGUCCAAUGAUGGAUCCUCUUUAUGAUGGGGAAAUUGGAACAGCUGCAUUUUUGGCCAUCAGGACCCUUUUCAAGAAGUCUCCAGAAGAAUGGCUCGAAUUUUCAGAAAGUGACAUAGGAACUCGAGAAUCUGACAAAUUUCGGGAAACUGUUGGUCCAGUGUACGAGUCUUUGGACUACAGAAAUGUGUAUACCUUAGUGAAAAAUACUGCUGAAAGAAAACCCCCUCAGCUGUUCCACCUGGCUACUAUUGCUGUCUACCUCAUGAGGGUCAUCCAAGAAUUUGGCUUCCACUACAUUCCUCAAGACUGGUCAAAGGCCAAGACAGAAAAACUCAUUCAAAUUAUGGGUGGCAUUCUUUUCCGUCAUCUGCAAAACUUCCCUUGCAAUGCCCACGUCCUGUCAGCGUUUGGAACACCUCCGGAAGUAGACAGAGAUGAAAUCACCUGGGAACUGAAGAAUUCCGAAGUUUGCAAAGAUGCCAAAAUUGCCCUGGGAGUCGCAGUGUAUCCUACCCUGAGUCUCAUCAACCACAGCUGUGACCCAAACUGUGCCAGGAUCGACUUGGGUCAAACUUGCGCCUUAAGGGUCCUCUAUCCGAUUUCCAGGGGCCAGGAAGUGACUUGCAGUUAUGGACCUCAUUAUGCAAAAAGCAAUCGACUUUUGCGUAGGGAGGAGUUGAAAGCCAGUUGUUUCAUCAAACGGAUUUGGGUUGGGUGGGGAGGGGGUUUGGAUGUGGAAAUCUUGAUUGUACCUUGUGAACGCUGA